GGAUACUCCUCCUCUGCGACUUUAUGUGGAGUGACGCGUCUUACUCGAGGGAAGAGAGCGCGAGAGCGCGAGAGAGCGAGCGCGCGCGCGACAGAGAGAAGUUCAGAGUUACCUCAGAGUCGUUUCAUGGACGGGGGAAGAAAAAGUUGUUAAAAAAACUCAUUUUUUAUGGAUUUACCCGCUCGAACCGGAGAUCGUGAGAACGAAUGAGGGUUUCGACGCGAUUUCAGACUCGGUUUUUUUAACGUUUCUGUAGCAACAAGUUGAAAAUUAGGUGAUUUUCUUCUCUCACCACCACCCCCCUCCCGCUCCGUUUGCCGAGUUAAACGUAAGUCUUUGAGGUAAAGCUCGCCUCGCGCUCGCUCGCUCGCGACGCUUAUGAGGAUUUCUCACAGAAAAAUAUGGGCCGAUUUCCCGGUGUCUCUUCGGGCAGAGUCAUCUUCUUCAUCGUUUCCUGGAUUCAUCUUUCACAUACGCUGCAGUGCGUGGAUCACGUGAAUCCGUGCGUGAACAAUGCGAGCUGUGUCAAGUACGAGAACGGAACGGAAUACUGCAGGUGUCCUCCGGGUUACCUGGGUGAGUACUGCCACCAUAAGGACCUGUGCCAGCCGGAUUACUGUGUGAAUGGAGGGAGCUGUAGGAUGGCGAGCAGCGGGCCGCCCAGUGGCCCCGAGUGUGUGUGUCCACUCGGGUUCUCCGGCUCGCGCUGCGAAGUGCAGAACGACUCUCCAUGUUACCCCAAGAACCCCUGCAGCAACGGGGGCAUCUGCUCCCUCCUGCCCAAUGACCGAUACACCUGCCAGUGUUCACCUGGAUGGACAGGUGAGCGAUGUGACCUAGUGAACAGCUGCGUCUCCUCUCCGUGCUCCAAUGGCGGAACCUGUGCGUCUCUUCGUGACGGAACGUUCUCCUGCAGGUGUCCUCCCGGGUACAGCGGGCCCCGCUGCCUGAAGGACGUGGACGAGUGCAUGCGCGAGCCGUCCCCGUGCCGUAACGCCGGCGAGUGCGUGAACGUCCCCGGCUCGUACCGCUGCAACUGCGCCGCCGGGUUUACGGGCUCCAACUGCGAGAAAUUGUACAUCCCGUGUUCUCCGUCACCCUGCAUGAACGGCGGAACCUGCAGACAGACAUCCGAGACCAGCUACUGGUGCCACUGUCUUCCAGGUUUUAACGGCACGAACUGCGAGGUGAAUAUCGACGACUGUCCGGAUCAUCAGUGUCAGAACGGAGGAACCUGCAUGGACGGAGUGAACACCUACAACUGCCAGUGUCCGCCCGAGUGGACCGGUCAGUUUUGCACGGACGACGUGGACGAGUGUCGCCUGCAGCCCAACACCUGUCAGAACGGUGGCACGUGCAGCAACACGCCCGGCGGCUACACCUGCGUCUGCGUGAACGGCUGGAGCGGCCUGGACUGCUCGGAGAACAUCGACGACUGCGCUGCCGGACCCUGCUCGGCCGGGUCUACCUGCCUCGACCGCGUCGCGUCCUUCUUCUGCAGCUGCCCCUUCGGCAAGACCGGUUUGCUGUGUCACAUUGAUGAUGCGUGCAUUAGUAACCCGUGCAGGGCGGGCUCUCAGUGCGACACCAAUCCGGUGAACGGCAAAUUCAACUGCAACUGUCCUUCGGGAUACAUCGGCAACACCUGCAACGAUGACGUCAACGAGUGCAACAUCCCUCGGGCGAACCCGUGUGAGCACGGCGGCACGUGCGAGAACACGGAGGGCUCCUUCAUCUGUAACUGCGCACGUGGCUACAUGGGACCUCGCUGCGAGCAGGAUGUGAACGAGUGCGGCUCGAACCCCUGCCAGAACGACGCCACUUGUCUGGAUCAGAUCGGCGAUUACACCUGCAUCUGCAUGCCAGGUUUUGAAGGAGUCCACUGUGAGAUUGAAGUGGACGAGUGCGCCAGUUCACCCUGUCUCAACAGCGGAAAGUGUCGGGAUCAGGUCAGCGGCUUUGUCUGCGAGUGUCUUCAGGGCUUCACGGGAGAGAUGUGCCAGAUAGACACUGAUGAGUGUGCGAGCACGCCGUGCCACAACGGAGCCAAGUGCAUCGACCAGCCUAACAGCUACGAGUGCGAGUGUGCGGAAGGUUUCACGGGUCCCCUGUGUUCGGAGAACGUGGACGACUGUAACCCGAAGCCCUGCCACUACGGCGUGUGUAAGGAUGGCAUCGCCAUGUUCACGUGCGAGUGUUUACCGGGGUACAUGGGGCAGAUCUGCAGCGAGCAGAUAAACGAGUGUCAGAGCGACCCGUGCCAGAACGGAGGGCGCUGUGUCGACCGCGUCAACGAGUACCAGUGCCAGUGCCAGCCCGGAACCUCUGGUAUGAACUGUGAGAACAACUACGACGACUGCGUCAGUAACCCGUGUCAGCACGGUGUGUGUGAAGAUGGAAUUAACAAGUACAAGUGUGUGUGCGCGCCUGGAUACACAGGCGAGCGGUGUAACGUGGAGAUAGACGAGUGCAGCUCGAACCCGUGUCUCAGUGGAGGGACGUGUGUGGAUAAAGUGAACGGGUUCGAGUGUCAGUGUCCAGCGGGGACUCACGGCCUGCUCUGCCACUCCGGAGCGGACUACUGCGCCCCGCAACCCUGCCGCAAGGGAAAGUGCGAGGAGGUGCAGAACGGGUACCGCUGUGUGUGCUUACCUGGCUACGAGGGUCAGAACUGCGAUCAGGAGAAAAACGAAUGCGAGCCGAACCCCUGUCAGCACGGAACCUGUCUGGACUCUGUCAACAGCUACACCUGCAAGUGCCAGCUUGGCUACACUGGUGUGAAUUGUGAGAUAAACAUUAACGAGUGUCAGUCGAACCCCUGUGAGAACAAGGGCACCUGCGUCGAUGGAAUUAACAGCUACACCUGCCGCUGCCCUCUGCCUUACACAGGGAGUCACUGCGAGGAAGAGUUAGUGCCGUGUGCAGCUCAGCCGUGUCAGAGAGGAGGCGUGUGUCAGCCGUCGCUGGAUUACACCUCCUACACGUGCAAGUGUCCCAGUGGCUGGCAAGGAGCCCGGUGUACGGAGGACGUGGACGAAUGCAAGAAGAACCCGUGUCUGAACGGAGCUCACUGUCUGAACAAUCAAGGCAGCUACAAGUGCAGAUGCCAGCCCGGGUACAGCGGAGUGAACUGUCAGACUAACAUCGACGACUGCAGCUCCAACCCCUGUAUCAACGGAGGCUCGUGCGUCGACAAAGUGGGCCGGUUCUCGUGCGAGUGCAGGCCGGGUUUCUACGGCGAGCGAUGUGAGAAGGAGGUGAACGAAUGCGAGAGCUCCCCCUGCAGGCACGGAGGAACCUGCACUGACUUUGUCAACAGCUACACGUGCCAGUGUCAGCCCGGCUACGACGGCAUCAACUGCGAACGCAACAUCCCCGAAUGCACCGAGACCUCAUGUCUGAAUAACGGCACGUGCGUGGACGGUAUAAACCAGUUCAUCUGCCGAUGUCGUGCAGGGUUCACCGGCACGUUCUGCCAGUACGAGAUUAACGAGUGUGAAUCGCAGCCGUGCUUAAAUGGGGGCACCUGCACGGAUGGCCUGGGAACCUUCCACUGCACCUGUCCUAUGGAAUACACCGGCCGACUCUGCCGGUCGAUGGCGGAUCUGUGCAGAAACAUCCAGUGUAAGAACGGCGGAGAGUGUGUGCAGCAGGAGACGGCGUGGCGAUGUCGGUGUCCUCAGGACUGGAGCGGCCUCUACUGUGACAUCCCCAACAUCUCGUGCCAAAACGCCGCCAACAAGAAAGGUGUAGCAGUGGAGCAGCUGUGUCUGAACGCCGGAGUGUGUGUAAACAAGGAUAAUACACACUACUGCUCGUGUCAGGUGGGCUGGACUGGCAGCUACUGUGAGAUAGGGAUUGACGAGUGUCUGUCCAGUCCCUGCAGGAACGGAGGGGUGUGUGUGGACUACCAGGGAGGAUACGACUGCCAGUGUAAGCCCGGGUAUCAGGGAGUGAACUGCGAGUACGAUGUGAAUGAGUGUCAGUCGAACCCGUGUCGUCAUGGAGGCACCUGCAUCAACCUGGUGAACCACUUCUACUGCUCCUGCCCACCUGGAACCAAAGGUCAGCAGUGCGAGGAGGACGUCGACGAGUGUGCAGUGGAGUCCGGCCCGCCCUGUUUGAACGGCGGUCGCUGCGUGGACGGUAUCGGUCACUACGAGUGCGUGUGUCCUCCCGGUUUCACCGGCGAGCACUGUGAAGGAGACAUCAACGAGUGCCGCCCGUCUCCGUGCCACAAGUCCGGCAGCCUCGACUGCGUCCAGCUAGCCAACGACUUUCAGUGCCGCUGUCGUCUUGGUUACACCGGUCAUCUUUGUGAGUCGAUGGUUGAUCUUUGUCAGUCGAAACCCUGCCACAACGGAGGCCAGUGCUCCAUGAACAUGAGCUCAGUCCAUGGAUACAGCUGUACCUGUCUACCUGGCUAUACGGGCUCCAACUGUGGCGAGCACGAGGGCUACACCUGCGCCAACCUGCGCUGUCAGAACGGCGGACACUGCCAGGCGUCCCCCUCCGGCCGUCUGCAGUGCGUCUGCCCGUCCGGCUUCUCGGGCCCACAGUGCGAAAACGAAAAUCCGUCCUGUUCGUGCCAAAACGGAGGCGUGUGCAUGAAAGACUUGCACAAACCUUACUCGUUCUUUUGCCGCUGCCCGGACGGCUACAGCGGAGAGCACUGCCAGAUCAGAGUCGGGUCCAUGUCCUGCCCUUAUUUGGAGUGUGAGGUUCGCCGCGGCGACAAGGUGUGCGACCCACAGUGUAAGAAUGCGGAGUGCGACUGGGACGGAGGAGACUGCACGCUGCGCCGGCUCCGCCCAUGGGACAACUGCACCGCCUCUGUGUCGUGCUGGAAGUUCUUUCAUAACGGCCGCUGCGACCCCGAGUGUGACAACGCCGGCUGCCUCUUUGACAGCUUCGAGUGCCAGAAGAGCUCGCCGGCCACGCCUGGCGCGUGCAAGUAUGACCGGUACUGCCGCGACCACUACCAGAACGGCCACUGUAACGAGGGCUGUAACACCGAGGCGUGUGGCUGGGACGGGUUAGACUGCUCCACCGACAAGCCGCCUCAGCUGGCGGAGGGCACGCUGGUCAUCGUGGUGCUGCUGCAGCCCACGGAGCUGCUGGGAGAUAUAAAGGGCUUCCUUCGCUCGCUGGGCUUGCUGCUUCACACCAACCUGCGCCUCAAGUUCAACGAUCAGCAGGAGCCCAUGGUCUAUCCGUAUUACGGCAACGGACACGACGACUUGCACGCCGGCGCAUCCAACGGGAAACGACUCGGCAAGAGGGAGGUGCCGACGGAGGUUAUUGGGUCGAUGGUGUAUUUGGAGAUCGAUAACCGUCAGUGCACUCAGGCAUCCAGCGAAUGUUUCUCCAACACCGACCUGGCUGCCUCGUACAUCGCGGCCGAAGCCCUCGAAACCAAGCUGCAUUAUCCCCUCUUCUCUGUGGACAGCGUCCCACCCCCUAAAGGGCCUGACCAAUCUCUCCUCUACCUGGUCGCCGUGGCAGCCGCCAUCAUCCUGCUUAUCCUGAUUUUGGGCGUUUUGGUUGCCAAACGUAAACGCAAGCAAGGCCUCCUAUGGCUGCCGGACGGCUUCCUGGCCAAGAAGGACAGCAAGCGGAGAGAGCCUGUUGGUCAGGACGACUUCGGCAUGAAGAGCCUGCAGAAGUCACAGAUGGACGGAAGUUCUGGUCAUCACUGGCCAGAGGAGGAACUUCGGCCCAAGAAGCCAAGGUUGGAAGAUAAGCCGUUGUUGGGGGUGGACACAGGAGUGGAUCGUCGUGAGUGGACCCUGCAGCACCGUAAAGCUGCCGAUAUCACCCUCACCCCACCUCAGGCCGAUAUGGAUAUGGACUGUCUGGACGUCAACGUGAAAGGACCCGAUGGUUUCACUCCUCUGAUGCUGGCGUCUCUGCGUGGCGGAAGCAGUCCCGAGUGCGUUAGCGUCUUAGCCGAGGAGGAGGAGGAGAGCGGUGCCGACGAGCCAGGCACGAACAUCAUCAGCGACCUGAUCUCCCAGGGUGCUACGCUCAACGCACAGACAGAGCGCACAGGCGAGACGGCUCUCCACCUGGCCGCCCGCUACGCCCGCGCCGACGCCGCCAAGAGGCUGCUGGACGCCGGUGCCGACCCCAACGCUCACGACAACAUGGGCCGCACGCCGCUGCACGCGGCCAUCGCCGCCGACGCACAGGGAGUCUUCCAGAUCCUGAUACGUAAUCGCGCCACGGAGCUGGAUUCCAGGAUGAACGAUGGAACGACUCCUUUAAUCCUGGCAGCCAGAUUGGCCGUGGAGGGCAUGGUGGAGGAGCUGGUGCACUGCCACGCCGAUGUAAAUGCUGUGGACGACCACGGUAAAUCGGCUCUGCAUUGGGCUGCUGCCGUGAACAAUGUGGAGGCCACGCUGGUGCUGCUGAAGAACGGCGCCAAUCGAGACAUGCAGGACAACAAGGAGGAGACGCCGUUGUUCUUGGCGGCGCGCGAAGGCAGUUUCGAGGCGGCUCAGGUCCUCCUGGAUCACUACUCCAACCGUGACAUCACUGAUCACCUGGACCGGUUGCCACGCGAUACGGCUCAGGAACGCAUGCACCACGACAUCGUUCGGCUGCUCGACCAGUACAAUCUCGUGCACAGCCCGCAUUCUGGAUCGAACCAUGUAGGAAACGGUGGGGGUGGACACCCCUCCAUGGUCUGCACCGGUAACGGGGUCAUUGGCAUGCGACCGGGACAACAAAACAAGAAGAACCGGCGUGGCGGCGGAGCCGCCAAACUCACCGGCCCUAAUGGUGCUGGGGGCGGAGUCAAAGAUCUGAAGGAGAUGAAGUCAAAACGGAGGAAGAAACCAGCCGGAGGAGAAGCGACAGGAUUGGCUGCGUCCAGCGGUAACAACAUAGCAACCGUGACCGCUAACACUAACGGCACCAAGGGCGUGACAACCGCCGGCACGGGCGCUCUUUCAGAAAGCUCGGUCACGAUGUCGCCGGUGGAUUCGCUAGAAUCGCCGCAUUCGUACACGACGGAUGCCGCAGGAGCUGCCAACAUGGCCAAAUCACCUCCGCUGAUGACCAGCCCCUCGACCCGCCCCUUCCUGCCUCCCGUCAGCCACAUGCUAGGGCAGCAGCAGAACUGGGUUGGCGUGGCUAAGCACGGCUACGCCUCCCCCCACAUUUUCGGCCACAUGAUUUCCCACCAGAUGGCGCCGGCACACUCGGGCCUGCCGCAGCACCAUCACGGCUCGGGGCUCCUGGGGCCCGUGAACGUCUCCGUGAGCCGAGAGCAGCUUCCGUCGAUUGUCACCUUCCAGAUGAUGGCCUCCAGAAACCAGGCACUUCUCAAACCAAACCAGCAGGGGCCCAUGCAAGCGAGUCAAACCCAGACCCAGGGCCUUAACCACAUGCACUGCGGCCAGGAGAUGAUGUAUCCCAUGCAGGAGCCCGGGCUACAGCACAGCAUCCCACACCUGCAUGGCCACGCCCAUAACAUCGCAGAGCCUCAGGUGAGGCAGCUGACACCGUACCACCAGCAAAUGCAGAGCCCUGUGGAUAAAUACCCGACUCCUCCAUCGCACCGCAGCUACGCCAGCGGCGCCGGGUCAGAAGCGGUAGCGACCCCGGGUCAGGGCUCUGAGGUCACGACCCCAGGUCAUGGAGCUCUGCCCUCUAGCGAGCACCCGUACCUGACGCCGUCACCAGAGUCGCCCGAUCCCUGGUCCUCCUCGUCGUCGCCUCACUCGCAUUCAGACUGGUCCGACGUAACCACAAGCCCACACGGCGCGCUGCAUACGCACGCCGUGCACCCUCACACACACGCACACACUCACGUUCCAGAGCAGGCUCCUCUGCUGCAGCCGCAGCCCUCGCAGCCAGCGCAGCCGGCGCCACAGCAGCAAGCCUGCAGCAGCGUGUACGCGUAAUAAUGCCGAGGAACUGCUCGUCGCUGUGUCUUAACCCAACUGUGGUGUUUAUAUGCAAUUUAACUUCAUA